GGGCAUGCUUCUGUGGACGCAGCUCAAACACUAUUCCUGAUUGACAAUGUCAUGAACGGAUUCAGCUUACAUCACCUGGACGAUGCAGUGUGUAUCCGUACCUAUAAUACCAACCCAGUCAAGACAUUCCCGAAGCAGGUUGUUUUGGGGGCGAAGGCUACCCUUGUAGUUGGGGGUAGUGACACAGGAGUUAUUUAUGUUUUUGACAAAAAUGAAGGAACACUGAAACAAGUCUUGCAACAU